CCGCCUGAGAGGGUGGCAGAAUGAGGAUGGCCGGCUGCAGUGAGAAGACCAACGGGGAGGUGGGAUCGAGGACUAGGGGGCCAUUUGCAAACAAAAUAUAAGCACCGGGCAGGAGAAGAGCCAGGGAACUGGAGGAGGCAUGGGGAAUCACGGAGACCUUGCAGGGACUCUACGGGUGUUCUACUCAGGGCUAUGUGCGUAUGAGUGCAUGUGAACACACGCACGUCUGCAGGUGGACACAGAUGUCUCAGACCUGCCCGGGCUCUGGGAUGAUCUCCAGAAGGUGUCAUUUUGAAACCUAGGUAAAUGAACUGCACCAGAGACUUGCAAGAGCUUCCAGAUAGGAGAAGGGAGGACAAGAAGAGAUCAGAGAAAGGUCUUUGGGACUUCGAUGUGAAGAACUCUUUAGUGAUGGAGGUGAUUGAUGCAAGAAAGAUAAAGACAGAAGAAGAAGUCACAAAGAACAUCGGGCUCCCCCUGAGUGUGCUUGAGAAACACAACCCUUGGCCAGCCUAUGUCACGUAUGUGUCCCCGAUGGUGAAAAGGCUCAUCGAGAAAAGCAAAGUUAGAGAUCUGGAAUGCAUGCAAGGACUCGAGCAAAACCAACGGGCAUCGAGGCAGAGCAAGCCGGCCAGCAUCACGCAGCUGAAAAGGAGAAAGUCACCUAAGUGCUCUGGAAACUUGGCGUUGAAGGACGCGAGGUCGGAGACCAUGUUAUCAGUGUGGAGCUCAUACUCUGUACCGGCCGUGGGUCCCGCCAUUAUCCCAGAGCCAAGGCACUUUCAUACGGAUUCCAGAGAAAAUCCCACUGCAAACUAUAACAAGAUCAUCUUCUCUCGAAAACCCAUGAUGAGGAUACUUCCAUACAGCUCCCUUCUAGCCAGCAAGGAGAAACGUUCAAGUAUUUAGCAGGGAGUCCCUGCAGUCACCCCCC